UCACACACACACAAACAUGGAGGUGAAGCUGCUGUGUCUGACUGUUUUUCUCUCGUCACCCCUCCUCAUCCUGUGUGACCCGCUGUUUGUUCUGUCAGCUCCUAAUUUGCUGAGAGUGGGUUCCUCAGAGAACGUGUUUGUGGAGGCUCAGGAUUACAAUGGAGGAAACCUGAACGUGAGGAUCUCAGUGAAGAACUUCCCAAAGAAAGACAGGGAGAUACUGUCCAAAACAGUGACACUGACUGGAGUAAACAAUUACCAGAUCCUCACAGAUAUAAAGAUUCCCAGUGAUAGGGACUAUUUCUCUGAUGAUCCUCUGGAGAAGCAGUAUGUGUAUCUACAAGCUCAGUUUCCAUCCCACACUCUGGAGAAAGUGGUCAUGGUCUCAUUCCAGUCUGGAUAUAUAUUUGUACAGACAGACAAGCCCAUCUACACGCCUGCCAGCACAGUUCAGUACAGGAUCUUCUCGCUGACGCCUGGUCUGAAACCACUUGAACAUGCUGGAAUAGCAGUGGAAAUCAUGGAUCCUGAAGGCAUCACAACUAUGAGAGAAACCAUAUUUCCACAACAAGGGAUUCGAUCAGGAAAAUAUGCCGUACCUCAGCCCGCCAGGCCUGGGAUCUGGAAAGUGGUCACGAGAUUCGCAAACACGCCGCAAAAGAAUUACACUGCUGACUUCGAAGUCAAAGAAUAUGUGCUUCCCACUUAUGAAGUCACAUUAUCACCCAGUCAGUCGUUCUUCUCUGUGAAAGAUGCUAGUUUGACGGUUAGCAUUGAAGCCAAGUACUUGCACGGAAACAACGUGAACGGACACGCGUUUGUGGUGUUUGGUGUGAUGGAAUUUGAGAGGAAAACUAGUAUUCCUUCCUCUCUUCAAAGAGUUCAGAUAUCAGAUGGAGAAGGUACUGCCAAGCUGACUAAGGAGACGAUACUUCAGACCUUCCCAGAUAUCGGCCAACUGGUUGGACAAUCAAUCUACAUUUCGGCCAGCGUUUUAACUGACACUGGCAGUGAAAUGGUGGAAGCUCAGAGGAAAGGCAUUCAGAUCGUGACGUCACCGUACACCAUACACUUUGAAAGAACACCACAAUUCUUCAAACCUGGGAUGCCCUUCAGUGUCUCCGUUUAUCUAACAGACCCUGACAAGAUGCCCGCUGAAAAUGUGGAAGUGGAGGUCAAUCCUGGAGCGGUCAGAGGCCGAACGAAAGCCAACGGCAUUGCGAAGCUUACAGUCAAUUCUCACGAAGGAUCUUCCGCACUAGAGAUCACUGUACAAACCAAAGAUCCAAAAUUAGAUGACGACCAGCAGGCAGUGAAGAAGAUGACGGCGCAGGCCUACGAGACCAAAGGCGGCUCCAAGAACUACCUGCACGUCGGCAUCGAUACUCCAGUGUUUGAGAUUGGUGAUCAAAUGAAAGUCAAUCUGAACCUGGGCAGAAGUCCAGGAGUCAGAGAUCAAGAUUUCACCUACAUGAUCUUGAGUAAAGGUCAGAUUGUUCAAGCAAACAGGUUCAAGAGGAGUGGACACUCUCUGGUGACUCUGUCUCUACCUGUAACCAAAGACAUGGUGCCGUCCUUCCGCUUUGUGGCUUAUUAUCACGUGGGCCCGUCUGAGGUGGUGUCUGAUUCAGUCUGGGUCGACGUGAAGGACACGUGCAUGGGAACGCUGAAGGUUCAGGUGAAGGAGCCUCGACCGAUCUACGAGCCAGGAGAAGAGUUCAGCUUGCUGAUAACUGGAGAUCCUGGAGCUAAAGUUGGGCUGGUGGCGGUGGAUAAAGCUGUCCAUGGACUGAACCAGAACAGACUCACUCAGAAAAAGAUUUACGACAUUGUAGAGAAGCAUGACACCGGCUGUACGGCAGGAGGUGGAAGGGACAGUAUGGGGGUUUUCAGUGAUUCGGGUCUGAUGUUUGAGUCACACACUGCAGGAGGAACCAACACCAGAACUGUGCCAGAGUGUCCCGUCCCCUCAAAGAGAAGAAGAAGAGCUGAGAGUGCUCAGCGGGUCACCACUAUACUGGCUGGUCAGUACUCUGGUGAUCUGAGAAAGUGUUGUGUGGAUGGCAUGAGGGAUAAUAAACUCGGCUACACCUGUGAACGAAGGGCCAUGUACAUCGUGGAUGGAGAGGAAUGUGUCCGGGCCUUCCUGCACUGCUGUAAUGACGUGGUGGCUCGCAGUAUGGAGGCUGGAGAGGAGGAGAUGAUUCUGGCUCGGAGUGAGGACAGCGACUAUUAUGAGAGUUUUGAUGAAAUCACAUCACGUACACAGUUUCCAGAGAGCUGGCUUUGGACAGAGGAGAUUCUGCCGUUCUGUCCAAAUAAUAAGUCAUGUCCAACAACAUCGAUCACAAGAGACCGAAUCUACCUGAAAGAAUCCAUCACUACUUGGCAAAUCUUCGCUUUUAGCCUGUCAAAAUCUCACGGCAUUUGUGUGGCAGAUCCAUACGAGAUGAUAGUUUAUAAGAGGUUCUUCAUUGACCUGAAGGUGCCGUUCUCAGCUGUGCGCAAUGAGCAACUACAAAUCAGGGUCAUCCUUCACAACUACACCAAGAAGAAAAUUAGGGCACGGCUUGAGUUCACGGACACUGAACACAUUUGCAGCUCCGCCAGCACAAAGGGCUCCUACCAAACAGAAGUGGAGGUCGAGUCCAUGUCCUCCAGGUCCGUCCCGUAUGUGAUUAUUCCUCUGGAGUUGGGCAGUCACUGGAUCGAAGUGAAGGCAGCAGCGUAUGACUCGGUCUACAGUGAUGGAGUGAGGAAGAUCCUGAGGGUGGUGUCUGAGGGUGUGCUCACUAUGAUACAGGAGAAAAAUGUGGAGCUCAAUCCUACCAAGAUGGGUGGAGUACAACAAGUGUCUGUCAGGAGUCUCAAACCAGACACUCAGGUCCCCAACACACCCGCUAACACGUACAUCACAGUCAAGAGCCAGGAGUUCAGUAAGAUGAUCGAGAAGGCCAUCAGUGGAGACUUCAUGGGCCGGUUUAUUGUCCAGCCCCGUGGGAAUGGAGAGGAGAACAUGAUCUACAUGACUCUACCUGUCAUUGCCACUCAUUAUCUGGACAGCACUAAGCAGUGGGAGACUGUUGGCAUGAACCGCCGUAAUGAAGCCAUUAACCACAUCAACACAGGUUAUCAGCGAGAGCUAACUUUCCGUAAACCAGACGGUUCGUUCGCUGCCUCGAUAAGAACGACUAGCAGCACAUGGCUGACGGCAUAUGUGGCGAAAGUGUUUACGAUGGCCAGCGAUCUGAUCAUCAUCGAGGAGAAUGUGAUCUGCAGCGCCCUCAAGUGGCUGGCCGUAAACAAACAGCUGCCAGACGGCACGUUUAAAGAAGACGCGCCCGUUAUACACGAAGAGAUGCUUGGUGACGUACAGGGGAAAGACGGCGACGCCUCUCUAACUGCAUUCGUUCUGGUUGCCAUGCAAGAGGGCAGUAAGAUCUGCACUGAAUCUAGUCUUCAGGGCAGUAUAAACAGAGCCGUUAAUUACCUGACGCUGAGAGUUCACAGUCUGACCAGCGGUUAUGCUGUCGCUAUGACUUCUUACGCUUUGGCCCAUGCUGGAAAACUCAAUAAAGACAUCCUGAUGAGUCAUUCCAGUCAGAACGAAGUCGGUAGGUUUUGGCAAGUUCCUGGCCAGCGUGAGCUCUCUCUGGAGGCCACAGGUUAUGCUCUACUCGCGCUGGUGAAGGUGAAGGACUUCGAGCGGGCCGGACCGGCCGUACGCUGGCUGAGAGCACAGAUACCCAACUAUGGAGCCAGCGGUACCACACAGGCGAACAUCGUGGUUUUCCAGGCCGUGGCUCAAUAUCGUACAGAAGCGAAGAAGCAGGACGUGAAUCUGAACAUUGAACUCUCUGUGGAGGGAAGAACCACACACAACAGAUGGACUUUCACUCGUUCCAACAUGCAUGUGACGCGAUCGGACAAGGUGAAACUGACACAGAAAUUCAACCUCACUGCUCAUGGGAACGGGAUGGCCACUCUCUCGGUGUAUUCUCUGUAUUAUGCCCUGCCUGAAGAGAGAGAAAAUGACUGUAAUGCGUUUGAUCUCAGUGUGAAGAUGGAGAAACAGCUUGACGUUUCACAUCCAGGAGCCAUUGAAAGCUAUCUGCUCACCAUUGAAACCUAUUUCAAGAACCCAGCGAGAGAUGCUGCCAUGUCCGUUUUGGAUAUUGGCCUGUUAACGGGAUUUAAAGUAGAUGAUACUGAUCUGUCGAAGUUAUCUAAAGGGAAAGAGAAGUACAUUGAGAGAUUUGAGAUGAACAUGGAGCUUUCAGAGCGUGGAUCGCUAAUCAUCUUCUUGAAUAAGGUUUCUCAUAAAGUGAGGGAAAGGAUUGCUUUCAGAAUGCACAAGAUCAAUGAAGUGGGAAUGCUGCAGCCCGCCGGUGUCACUGUGUACGAGUACAACGCUCCAGAUGAUCGUUGUGUGAAGUUCUUCCAUCCUCAUAAGAGAGACGGUGCGCUGAACCGACUCUGCCAUGAAGACCUGUGCGAGUGUGCCGAAGAGAACUGCAGUCUCCAAAAGAAGCAUCACAUUGCUGAGUCUCAGCGUGCUGACAAGGCCUGUGCGCACGGAGUUGACUACGUUUAUAAAACCAGGGUGGUGGGAAAGCAGCUUUCACUGCAGGCAGACAUCUACAACAUGACCAUUGAACAAGUGCUGAAGGAAGGCACCGAUCCAGCUGUGGAAGGGAAGACCAGGUCUUUCUUGGCUCAUCCUUACUGUAGAGAGUUUCUUGAAUUUGAAGAAGGCAAAACCUACCUGAUCAUGGGCCAAACCACAUCACUUCCUAGGAUAGGUGGAAGACUGAGGUAUAACCUGGGUGAGCAGACCUGGGUUGAGUACUGGCCGACACAAGAGGAGGCCCAAACUGAAAAAUACAAAGACAAGUACGCCGACAUCGUUGCAUUCGCUGAGCAGCUCUUCAACCUCGGAUGCACAACAUAAAGACAAUCUGUGAACUUUGCUUUAUUUUAUUUCUUUUCCAGAUUCACUGUAAGAAAUUAUCAAUUUACUGACGUCUAACUUUCUGUAGUAGGGACAACUGGGACAAGGCAUUUUACAUUUGAGUUAAUUUCACAGAUUUUACUUUUGUGACAACAUGCCCCAAUUGCAGGGUAUGUGCAUUGAAUUAUUGAAUUAGUGUUUUAAUCUGCAACCACUGCUAUAGUAAAAACGCAUUAGUGUAACGGGACUGUGAUCUAGUCAUAAUGACAGCUUUCAUCAUGUGACAACUUGCCCCAGUCUAUUUGAGUCAUUUGUACUUUCUGAAGUUAAUUGAGCUUUAAAGAAAUAAGACAAAUAAAAUGAAUUUGUUCUCAUCU